AUGAACGAUGACGUUGUGCCAUAUUUUAAAACAGAGCCGGGCCUUCCGCAGAUUCACCUGGAAGGGAACCGUCUCGUUCUCACGUGUCUUGCUGAAGGGAGCUGGCCCUUGGAAUUCAAGUGGAUGCACAACGACAGUGAGCUCACCACCUACACCAGCGAAUAUAAGUAUGUUAUUCCAUCUUUACAGAGGCUGGAUGCUGGGUUUUACCGCUGUGUGGUUCGAAACAGAAUGGGAGCCCUCUUGCAAAGAAGAUCAGAAGUUCAAGUCGCAUAUAUGGGAAAUUUCAUGGAUACAGAUCAGAGAAAAAUGGUCUCUCAAGGACAUGCAGCUGUACUCAACUUACUGCCCAUCACCAGCUGCCCCAGACCUCAAGUGACUUGGUUCAGAGAAGGGCACAAGAUUAUUCCAAGCAACAGAAUGUCAGAGCAGUUCAGCCCUGGCAACGGCGCUCGGCUCAACGCCCUGCGUCGCUGUGGUCUGCUCAGUGGCCGUCCCUACUCCCGGGCGGCCUCCUUCCUGCCUGCAGAGCAGACGGCCUGA